AAGCUCGGUGCAAAAUUGCAGAGGCCGCCAUGUCCAAUCGGGUGCGAGAAAGCUUCGCUCUGUGUUAAAGCCGAAGCUGGUGCACUAUGGCUUCGCUCCGAGCAUUUGGAGUAAUCCUUCAAAAAUUAUCCCCAAAUCCGGUCACUCACAACUGCCCCCGUCUCUUCCAUCUUCAUAGAAAUGGCUUGUGUUCGUUAUCAUCAUUGGCUGCCGAAGCAUCGAGUUCAGAAAGUAAGAUGAAAUGUCGUGGCAAUCAAAUGCGAAGGAUAUGGAUGUCUCCGGUCUGUAUGGGCAGGCGUUCCAGCAAAAUUGCUGGUAGGAAGGGAGCUCAAGAUGCAAAGAAGGCAAAGCUUUACUCUAGGAUUGGGAAGGAGGUUGUUUCUGCUGUUAAAAAGGGAGGAACGAGCCCCAUAUCCAAUACCCUUUUGGCAGCCCUUCUUGAGAAAGCCAAGGAGCUUGAUGUUCCAAAAGAAAUUCUUGAUCGCAACAUUAAAAGGGCUUCCGAGAAAGGACAAGAGGCUUACAUUGAGAAAAUUUACGAGGUAUAUGGUUAUGGUGGUGCUAGUAUGGUUGUUGAGGUCUCAACAGAUAAGAUAAACCGCUCAGUUGCAGCGGUUAGAGAAGUAGUGAAGGACUAUGGUGGAAAGAUGGCAGAUCCAGGAUCUGUUAUGUUCAAGUUCAGACGUGCUCGAGUUGUGAAUGUUAAGGCCUCUGAUGUUGACAAAGACCAGCUUCUCACCAUAUCUCUAGAUGCUGGCGCAGAAGAUGUUAUUGAACCUCCGGAAUAUGAAGAUGAUACAGAAGAAGAGAGGUCGGAAAGAUAUUACAAGAUUGUGACUUCCACCGAGAACUACUCGGGAAUACUAUCCAAGUUACGGGAAGAAAACAUAAAGUUCGAACCUGACAGUGGUUCUGAGCUACUUCCUAUAAGCUCGAUUGAGGUGGAUGAUGAAGCUAUGGACUUGAAUAAAGAACUGAUGGACAAGUUGCUUGAACUCGAUGAUGUCGAUGCUGUUUAUACAGACCAGAAGUGAAUAUUUUUUCUUCUGUAAUAUCCUGUCAACAUGGAGAGAGGUACUUUACUCUCCCAUAUAUUGGAUCUGUGGUUGCGAUCUUAAUUCGGUCUAGUCACCUUGAAAGCUGAUAGAUCUUUCUCAGAUGAGAGUUAUCUUAAGUUUGUAAGGGCUAUGAACUUUCUUUUACUGCAUUAUGAGGCAGGGAUUUCCUUUUACUUCCCCUCUAGUUUCAAGACCUUAGAAAUCAUUGUAGAAUAAUACUCGUACAAGAGUGAUUCCGAUGUCAAUUAUUCAAAUUUUAUCUUUUUCAUAAA